AGCAGCAGCAGCAGCGGUACAGGGAGUAGCUUCACUUGUGCAGGAACUGACUCACCACCGCAGAAAUCCGCUAACGGGAGCAAAUGAAAACGAAAACAAGACUUUCCUGUGGUUUAAUUUCGGGGCGAGGCGUUGUAUCCAAACAUCUGUACGUUUGAAGCACUUUGGAUCGACUGACGAAGAUCGGGACGUUACCUCCGGAACAUUGUCUCCACCGAAUGGUGUCUCCUGCCCCGCCGCUAAGGUUGCAGGCUAAAAGAUCCGGCCGAUAAUGUGCGGCAGCUCCUUCACAUCCUCACCCUCUCCCUGCUUGUAGAGGAAGCGGCUGUGCCAGCAUGUCCUCCCAUCCCCAGUCCGUGCCACCAGGCCGGAGAACUCUGGACGCAAGGCACCUGCACAACCCUGCCACUCUACCCCUGCAGCUGCAGCGGCCACACGCGGAAGUGGGACUGGUCGACUUCCACUCGCAUCAUGCCAGGGACUACAGCUCCCACCUGGCCCAGCCACAUCGCCGUCGGCCUUCCUUACUUUCAGAGUUCCAGCCUGGGAAUGAAAGAGGACAAGAGCAGCACAUUCGUUACGAGCACAUCUACUUGCCGGAGGCCGCCAGCCAAUCAGAGAUGGACUACGCUGAGAUCAAACGUCCUCGUUUGGACAUGGGGUCAGACUCUCUGAUGAGACCUUUGUCCCACCGGCAGCCACUACCUCUCGGAGGGGCUGAGGACAUAACAAAGGAGCGUGGAAGUGCCAUUGGGAAGCUGGAGCCCAUCUCCCCUGUGAGCCCGGUCCACAUGGACCCAGACUUGGAUCUGGUUCCAGCUCGAUUUUCCAAGGAGGAGCUGAUCCAGAACAUGGAGCGCGUGGACAGGGAGAUCACCAUGGUGGAGCAGCAGAUCUGCAAGCUGCGCAAGAAGCAGCAACAGCUGGAGGAGGAAGCUGCUAAGCCCCAUGAACCCGAGAGGCCCAUCUCGCCGCCACCCAGCGAGGCCAAACACCGCAGCCUGGUGCAGAUCAUCUACGAUGAGAACAGAAAAAAGGCAGAAGAGGCUCACAGGGUACUGGAGGGGCUGGGACCCAGAGUGGAACUGCCUCUGUACAACCAGCCAUCCGACACCAAACAGUACCAUGAGAACAUCAAGAUAAACCACGCCAUGAGGAAGAAGCUCAUCCUGUAUUUCAAAAGGAGAAAUCACGCUCGUAAGCAGUGGGAACAGAAGUUUUGCCAGCGCUAUGACCAGCUGAUGGAGGCCUGGGAGAAGAAGGUGGAGCGCAUUGAAAACAACCCGCGGCGCCGGGCUAAGGAGAGCAAGGUGCGGGAGUACUACGAGAAACAGUUCCCAGAGAUCCGCAAGCAGAGGGAGAUGCAGGAACGGAUGCAGAGCCGUGUCGGGCAGCGAGGAGGCGGACUGACCUCAUCUGCAGCCCGAAGCGAACACGAAGUCUCCGAAAUCAUUGAUGGGAUAUCAGAGCAUGAGAACACAGAGAAGCAAAUGCGUCAGCUGGCGGUCAUCCCUCCUAUGCUGUUCGACGCCGAGCAGCAGCGCAUCAAGUUCAUCAACAUGAACGGACUGAUGGACGACCCAAUGAAGGUUUACAAGGACCGGCAGGUUAUGAACAUGUGGAGCGAGCAGGAGAGGGACACUUUCCGGGAGAAGUUCAUCCAGCAUCCUAAAAACUUUGGCCUGAUAGCUUCAUUUCUAGAGAGAAAGACGGUGGCAGAGUGUGUGCUCUUUUACUACCUGACCAAAAAGAAUGAAAACUACAAGAACAUAGUGCGAAGGAACCGGCGCCGAGGGAGAUCCCUGCAACAACAGCAGCAGCAGCAGCAGCAACAACAGCAGCAGCAACAGCAACAGCAGCAGCAGCAGCAACAAGUGACCCGGAACAGCCAGGAGGACAAGGAGAAGGAGGAGAAGGAGAAGGAGGGGGAGAGAGAUGAGGAGAAAAAUGAAGCAGAGGACAAGGAGGAUGGAAUGAAGGAUGACACGUCUGGAGAGGAUGCAGAGGACAAGGAGCCCACAGUGGCCUUCAAGGGAAGACGAACAGCAAACAGUCAGGGGCGCCGCAAAGGCCGCGACACGCGCUCCAUGAACAGCGAGGGAGAGGAGACCACCACGCCACCGCUAAACAACGAGCUAGCCAAUCUGGAAAUGAAUGAGAGCUCUCGCUGGACUGAAGAAGAGAUGGAAACAGCCAAAAAAGGUCUUCUCCAGUAUGGUAGAAAUUGGUCCGCCAUCUCCAAGAUGGUGGGAUCAAAAACCGUGUCACAGUGCAAAAACUUCUACUUCAAUUACAAGAAGAGGCAGAAACUGGACGAGAUUCUGCAGCAGCAUAAAAUGAAAUCAGAGAAAGAGCGAAAGGCCCGUCGGAGGGGAAAAGCCUCGCAGAACGAAGAGGCCAGCGCUCAGUAUCCAGCGGAGGAGGAGGACAACGAAGGCUCAGGAGGCAGCUGCAAUGAAGAGGAGGCUCCUGAAGAUGGAGAAGGUGGUGCAAACAACAGCUCGGACACAGAGAGCCUGCCCUCGCCACACUCCUCUGAGGACAGCAAGGCUAAAGAGGAAGGGACCAGCAGGCCAAAGGGCAGCUCCAACCCUGAGGAGAGGGAGGACAAUCAGCCAGGAACAGGUCAGCCUGGGGAGGAGAAGCCUCCUGUCAAGGAAGAGGCUGAAUCGGCUAUAAAGCAGGAGAUAAAGACAGAAACAGGGGAGCCCAACAAAGAAGAGCCACAGUCGGUACCAACAAACGAUGCCGCGGAUAAAAAACCUCCAAGAGUGGAGAAGGAGGAAGCUAAAACCUCCACGAAGAGCUCAAAAAAGGAGCACGUGACCAAAGCAGGUCCACAUGGGGACAGCGACUCCAGCGCCACUUGCAGUGCUGAUGAGGCGGAGGAGACGGAUAAUGCAGAUAAGAAAAGGAUGACGUCUCCACGGCCCAGCCUGCUCAACUUCUCCCACGAUGGGGUCAUCUCGUCUCUGCAGAAGCCCAUGGAUCUGAAGCAGCUCAAACAGAGGGCUGCAGCUAUCCCGCCUAUUAUGCCAGAGGCCUCUGUGCAGGGCACGCAGCGGAGUGAGAGUGGGAAAGCAGCGCAGCCCCCCCACGCCUGGGCACUGUACCAGGAGCAGAUCACCAUGGCUCAUGGGGAGUCCUCUCAGGAAGUCAAACAGCAGCAGCCUUCAGGCCAGGCAGGCAAACAGCAGCCUUAUACCCCUCAGGCAGACCGAGAGCAAGAAGGUCUCCUCACCAGCAGCCCUCUGGUUCGCCCUCGAAGCCCCUCCGCCAGCCAAAAAGACGAAAGGUCCCGGGCGUUUUCUCCACACAGUGACGCCAAGAAGCAGGUGCUGGCCGCUGAUGACCUCAGAACCUCCACCUUGGGUCGCCCGGUUCUGUCGCCAUUCUCUCAGCACAUGCUCCACUUCAACACGUUCCAACACCCGUCGCUCUCCGGCCUGCCGCAGGAUAAUGUACGGUUAGCAGCAGUGAGGCCCCUCUCAAUGCCUGAGCCCCCCCCUCUUAUUUCCUCCAACAAGCCAGGAGGCUCUAUCACACAGGGGACGCCUGUUCAGCUGCACAGUGCGGCCCACGGACUGGACCAUACGAAGAUCCCCCCCACACCAAUGGGGAUGUCUUGGAUAGAGAAAAAAGUUGCAGGUCCUUUCCCAGCGGUGAAGCAGGAGCAGUUGUCUCCUCACAGCUCCUCCCAGGCUGAUGACCUGUCAAACCCGGGGCCGCCUCACGACAGUUCCUCUGCACGUGCCGUCCAAGGAGGAAGCAUCACUAAGGGUCUACCUGGGACCAGAAUACACCCGGAGUCUGCGGUGGCCUACCGGCCGGGCUCCAUCACACAGGGGACACCCGCAGAUGUGCUGUAUAGAGAAACUAUAUCACGUCUGAUCUCAGAGGACAGAUCCGGCCAAGGCGACAGGGAGCGGGACGAGGCACCGGCUAAAGGACAGGUCCUCUACGAGGGCGUCAGCGGGCAAAUUGUCAGCUAUGACCCGCCGCCAUCUCAGACUCCCAAAGAAGACAGCCGAGGUUCAGGACUGUCUGGAGAAAUUCUGAGCCUGAAGCGGUCUUAUGAUGCCAUGGAAGGAGGCCGAGGGCUGCCGAUGAGAGACUCCAUGUCUGCUGCCAACUGUGAAGGUCUGGUCGGUCGUGCCAUGCCUUAUGACAGAGACAGCCCACAUCGCACACCGUACAAAGAUGCUCAUCAUAUCCGUGGCUCCAUCUCACAAGGUAUACCUCGCCAUCUAGACGCCCAGGAUGCCUACAUGAGGAGGGAAGCUAAGCAGAUAAGGCGAGAGGCCUCCCCAACACGUGGCCCUGGUUCUCUUUCUGACCCGAUGAAAGGCAGGGAGACCAUUGUGCCCACAGUGAAGGAGGCCGGACGCUCCAUACACCUCAUUCCAAGAGAUGAGCUCAGACAAUCUGCCAAGGAGGGCAGCAUAUCACAGGGAACAGCUGUAAAGCAGGACCCCGGCGGUUCGGGGAAACGCCACGAUGUCCGCUCCAUUAUAGCCCCGCCCUAUCACAGCCCGACCCCCCACCUGGAGAUGCGUCCCGACAGGAGCCGGUAUGAAGAAGGACAUAAGGGUCGGCCUAGCGCAGUGGUCAGCAUAGCUAGCCCCAUACCGCGCUCCUCCCCGCUCACUCUGGCGUCAGAGCAGGGAGGCAAAGCCCAUCAAAGCCUGAUGGGUUAUGAGGAGAAAGGUGCUAUUAGGACCCCUUAUAGCAGCUCACACCGUGGAUCCCCUCUGCCCCGGGAGGCAAGGCAGCAUGAUGGGUCUGGAAAGAAUUCCUCUCAGGAGCGUAAAGCCACACCGAUUCCCAGAGAGAUGAGGGCCACCAAGUCGCCUCUCACCUCCGUGGCAGAUCAGCAGGCCUAUGAGCGGCUGAUCCCUGGCCUGGCAGCUUCAGACAUGUACCGCAUCCCCCUAACCUUCGAUCCUGCAGCGCUGCCUCGAGGUAUCGCCAUCGACCCAGCUGCUUACUACCUGCCUCGCCAUAUGGCUCCCAAUCCAGCGUACCCUUACCCCUACCAUUUAAUCCGUGGUUUUCCUGACACGUCCCUGGAGAACCGUCAGACCCUGAUUAACGACUACAUCACAUCCCAGCAGAUGCACCAGUGGCCUGGGGCCGCCAUGGCGCAGCGCUCAGACCUGCUCAGAGGCCUCGCUCCUAGAGACCAGCCCAUGCGUCUGCCCUUCUCCGCCGCCCAAGGAGGCAUUGACCUUUCCCAGGUGCCACACUUGCCGGUUCUGGUACCUCCUUCUGCAGGGACAGCCGGCCCAGGCCUUACCUACAUCUCUGGGUCACCCGCCGGAUACCAUAGUAGGAAUUACGCCUCGCCCAUCUCCCCUGUUGGACCCUCACACAUGGGAAAACUGCAGAGCACGUCCUCUGCAGAGCACGAGCGGGAAAGAGACCGCGAACGGGACAGAGAGCGAGAAAGAGAGCGGGAAAACCGGGAACGGGAGAGAGAUCGGGAAAGAGACAGAGAACGGGAGAGGGACAGGGAAAGAGAGCGAGACAGAGAUAGGGGAGGAUCUUUGGGAAAUGUGGAGCACGCCCCCAUCUGGCGCCCAGGGACAGAACACAGCUUGUCCAGCAACAGCAGCAGUGGGAGACCAGCAUCCCAACCAUACAGCCACCAGCACUCCCCGGUGUCUCCUCGUACCCAGGAGAACGUGCAGCAGAGGCCGAGCGUGCUGCAGAACACUGGUGGCAAAAGUCUCUCCGUCAGCGAACACUCAUCAGUGUUACGGCCCUUGCCCUCAUCCCGCUACCCAGGUUUUCACGGCUCCUUCCAAAAAACAGGUGUGCCCCCCGACGCCUACCCAUCUGCCAUGGACUCAAAUGUAGCCAAAGAGCAGAAUCGCGAUGGAGGCAAAUCCAGGGGAGGUCUGCAAAAACACCUGCAGGACCAACACGGGACCUCCAGUAAAUCUGACCCCAAGCUUUGCAGUCCGAGCCCAGGAGGAAUGUACCACGGUUCCUAUCCCCCGGCUUCAAGCCGCCCCCAGCAUCUGCUGCCUUCCCAGUCGGAUAACCCAGCUGGUCGAGAGGAAAGCGCCACUCCGAGUAGAGAAAAGCCUCAAAGCAAAGCAAUGUCCGUUCAGGAACAAGACGUGCGAUCACUUGGUCCACCACAAGGUCUGUAUCGACCGCCUUCAGAGGAGAGACUCUCUCCAAGCCAACAGCCCCCCUCCCCAUGUGUCAAAGGCAGCCGAAGGGUGGUCACCUUAGAACAGCACAUCAGCGAGGUGAUAGUUAAAGACUAUACCAGGCAGAGCCAGCAGCAGCAGCAAAGCUACCAUGGCUCUUCUCUUCUGGACCUGAGCCGUCCACCCAGUGCCUCCCAGCCUCUCCCCAAUUCACAGCAGUCUGUUCAGGGGUCCCGCUAUUCAGAGGGUUUCAGCGGGGAGUGUAACAGAGACAGAUCCCCUCCACAGCAAAAGGCGUCACCCGUCAGUGUUUCUAACGACGGCAUCGAACCGGUGUCUCCUCCUGGAUCCAGCUCUGAGCCCGACGCCAAGGGAGGGGCUUCCUACCCCACGGAGCAGGGGGAUCAAGGGUGAGUCCUCAGUGAAAGAC